UGCGAACGCUACCACAUAAAGGUAGAUCUUCCAGUCUGAAUGGUGAUAUGAUUAUGAUAAAUCGACUUCCCUUCUAACUUCAAUUUUUCUUCCUAUCACCCUACACAUUCAGUUGCUCCAAGAAGUUCUCCAAUACCGCAAUAAUACGAGUCUCGCUGGCGAAAAGUAAAACUUAUAUUUUCCUUUUUUUUAGAGAUUUUCGCAAAAUCAAAAGGAAGGAGACUCAAUUCAAGAUUUAAGAGGAUGUCUAUCCCAUCUGAACUGCGCAUUCUUUGCCUACGUCUUACAUCUACUCCUCCAAAAGAUCUUCCGAAUCUUACGCCUACUCUUGUUCAACAUGCCCUUCAAUGUCAAAUUCCCCUCUCAAACCCUAGUGUGAAUUCAGGGAAGGCGGAUGCAUCGCAGUCGGCAGUUUUGGUCCACAAAUUAAAGACCCAAUUGACAACCUUAUUGAAUGGCAAGAGCGCCGAGGGAAGAUUCGCUGCUAUCGUCUUGAUCAAGGUCGUGGUCGAAGUUGGAGGUUGGGAGAUUUUGCGCGACGCAGGGUCUUGGGUGCGAGGAUUGCUUUCGGUUCUUGGAGUACGUGUGAAGAUUGUUUCUGUCGUUUACCGGUACCAUGUUUGUUCAAGUCGCAUACUAAUGAUUAUAUUAGAAACCAGACUCAAGUGCUGCCAAAGAGCUGAGUAUUAUAGCACUAACCAAGAUCUAUUGCAUGACCCAUCAAUACCAAACCUUGGUCAGAGAAAUCACCACGCCGACGUUACCCACCUUUGUAACGUCUUGCUUGAAUGUAAUAUCUCCCAAGACAUCGAUGAAUAUCUUAGAUGUAAAUCCAUCAUUAGUAGAGACAGUCUUCCGCUCGUUUGCCAUGUUGCUGCCUCGCCAUACUACCAUCUUCCGCCCUUUCGCAUCCCAGUUACGUGCUGCCACCAGACCAUAUUUAGCAUCCACACUUUGUGAUCAGUGUUUUGUUCCGUUAUCGGUAAAAGAGAGUGCUCGUAAACUGGUGGUCGUUCUGCACCAGACAGUCGCGAAGAAUGGUGGAGGCGAGGAGUGGGGAAAGGCAGUUCGAGACCUUGUACAAGACAUCCACAUAACUGCCGACCAAGUGUUUCGAGCCGUCGUCGAAGACUGGGAGUCGACUGCUGGAUAUAUCGCUGAACCUGUAAAUGUUAAUGAAGAGCUCUCCGGUGGUGCGCGGACACCUGAGGAUCUUUCUCGCUGGAUUGGUAUUGACGCUGGCAUCGAAAGAUUGAUAGGCUUACUCGAAUUUCUGGAUGAAUAUUUAGGAGGGCCCACCCCUUCAGCUGUCACAAUUCCGGUCGGAUCUAUUUUCGACUUAAUAACCAGGAUUUUGUCUAUUUCUUUGCCCUCGCCCAUGGACUCGAAUUCCGGAAGUGUGCGGUUGCAUCCUGCAAUCGACCGUGAUGAGAGAGAUGGAUUGUGGACUGGCCUGCCAAAAGUUUUUGUUUCUGUAUUGCAUUUGAUCAGCACGAUGUCUGUCAUUUUAGAACAAGGUUUCGUUUCCCUUGCCCAAGGAAGUCUCGACUUGCUGAUUUGGUCCUUUUCGUCGGGGAGGAAUCACCAAGACUUUCGUGCAUCGACAUAUUCUUUAGCCUGUAAAAUUCUGCCGUUGGUCAGGCAAAGCUUAGAUAAACCACGUGUCGCAAAGCUUGUUCCACUAAUGCGAGCAUGCUGUAAAGAUCUGGAGACAAGUUAUUCGGGCAUCAGCAGCUCUGAAGCCAAUAAGUCUCAACCCAAGGGUUCGUCAAGUCAGAAUGCAGAUACUUUACUUCACGGCUCCAUAUCCACGGUUGUCGUUGUCGAUCCGAAUGUCAUUGUAGCAGCUAGUUCUCUUUUACCUGUAUUGUUGUCCGACCUUCCGCAGGGGUAUCUUGAUAUAUCCAUGCGUUCUCAACUCGAACGUACAGCAAUUCUCGGACGUAAUAAAGAAGCAAUGUUGGCAAGCAUACUCAAUCCAUUCGUUGGAAAGAACGGAAAAGCAUUGUCGAGUAUUCUUCCCCAUAUCACGAGGGCGUUUCCAAAUGACGAUACAGUGGAGAUCCUCUUACGUCCCCGCAUGCCGAUCAUACCUGCUGGAGGACAUGGCACUUCCACGCUUGAUGAUCUUGCAGAAGACGAUUCUGAAGACGAUGUCAUGGAUAGCAUAGAUGAUGCCGCCGCCAUUAGGCAAAGAGCAGAUGCUGUUGAUGCACCAGAUUUUCAGUCAGCAAGAAACGAAGUGCUAAACCCAUCAGAGAAAAAGUUCGAUGUUGGACUAGGUACUAUUGCCCAGCAGGACUUGCCUAGCCAAUCUGGGUUUGAAGCAUCCGCGCCUCUUUCGGUUAUCCCUAGCGUUAGGUUCCCUAAUACUGAGUCAUUAGCCCCAACUACAACAAAUGCUGAUACUGUCAUGAGCUACGAUGAUGCUAAAGGGUCGGAUUCAGAUUCAGAUGUUAGCGUGCAUCUUACAAUGCAGUUGGACUCGGAUAGCGAAUAAAUACAUAAAAUUUGUCUCAGGAACCAGACAAUGCACUAUUACCGAGCUACUUUGUUGCAAUUUCAUGCCUUUUUUGAUCAGGUAGAAAAACAAAUAGCUUCAGGCUGUAUCAUCUAAAAUAACUUGUGGAAUAAUGACAACUUUGCAGUAUAUAGAGAAUCACGACAGCCAGCUUUCGCUGCAUUUUGCAUAUCUGAGAAUCAUUUCUCCUAAUAAACUAUUGCUGAGUCAAAUAAAAACAUUUUGUC